GUGAACACAGGUUGAAACAUAUGGACUAAAAACUGCUAGAUUACAUUUGGAAACCUUCGAUUAGAGCUCAUGGGUUGUUUGAAGGGUUGGUGUUCCCUCCAUGGAUACAUUACUCUCUUCACUUUGAUCAUAACAGCCAAAAAACAGUCAGCAUGUGAAGGUCCUUCGACUCCUCAGUGCUUCCGAAGGAGCCUGGCAGAGGAGAAUUACAUGUGUGAAUGGACCAUGAACACAACUGACAGCAAUGUGACAUAUAAAAUUUUCUAUGAUGGAAAAAAUUUUGGAAUCUUGAAUGAAACCUGGAUUGUCUUCAAUGGAGAGGUGAGGGUCAAGCAGCGGGCUGUUCGAAUAUGGGUGGAAGCACACACAGGGAAUUCCAGCUGUAGGUCACCGACAAAUUCAGUCACACUGAAACAAACAGUUAAGUAUGAAAGACCACAAAAUAUAUCAGUGUCCUGGCUGGAAAACAGUCUCAUCUUAAGAUGGAGAGCUCCAGAAACGUACCCAGCUUUAGCUGAUGUUUUGUUCCGAAGAGAGACUCACUCCACGGGAUCCUGGGAAAAUGGAUUAAUGACAAACACCACCAUAGAGACAUCUAUGUACCAGAUCAUCCUAUUGAACCUCCACAAACAUUCAGCUUACCUACUUCAAGUGAGACAACGAUCCAAUGAGGCCAAGAACCCACUCUGGAGUGACUGGUCUCCAGUUAUCAUCGUUCCUGCAGAGCUUGAAAAUAUGACCAAAGUUAGCACAGCUGAGGAGCUUAUGAAUGGCACUCGAAAGCUAACACUAACUUGGGAGCCAAUGCCACAUGCAGCGGCAGUCGGAGGACUGACCUACAGACUGACAGACAUGCAGUCUUCUCAGAGAUGUCCUUGUCGAAAGAAUAAAGACAUCAUCACAACUAAAACUAAACACACGUUAUCUGUGUUGUACUCACCUGUCACCGUCUCUGUUAUCGCUGUCAAUGCAGCAGGGAAGUCUUCUCCAGCAGUUUUGCAGCUUCCAGCUGCAACCACAUCAGAUCUGAAAAGUUGUGACAAAACAUUAAUAAAAGGUAAAUUAGUUACUGAAAGUUGUGGGGAGUGGUAUGAACUUCCAGAUGGUGAAUCAAUGUCAGAGACUGUCUUCAUGGUGACAAAAGCAAACAAGAAACAGAACAAAACAAAGACAAUAAGACAAAACAUGAAAGACUAUGUUCGCUAUCUUUACUUUGAACACAGAUGUGUUAGUGGGACACCACAAACUGUUAAAAUCUGCCUCUUUUAUAAAACAGUGGGAGCACCACGCAGCAAACCUCAGGAGUUUGGUACUACGAGUGAGACGCACAACUCUGCUCAUCUGUCUUGGAAAGCAAUCCCUUCUGUAGACCUGCAAGGUUUUCUCACUCACUACAGCCUGUGUAGUGUGAAAGUCAACUUGCAGGAUAAAGUCAAAGACUGCCUAAACAUAUCAGCCUCAUUGACAAAACACCACCUGGAAAAGUUGACCCCAGCAACUAAAUACAACAUCAGCCUGGCUGGAGUGACUCGAGCAGGAGAAGGACCGGCAGCCACAGUGAUUAUCGACACACUGCCAGAGAAUUCUGAGAAUGAUUCAUUGUGGUUGAGUAUUGGCUUGCUGUUUGUGUUAUUUUUUAUCUCAAUAAUGUGCACCUUUAUCUUGAAAAGAAUGAAAAGCAAGCUCUUCCCGCCAGUGCCAAUACCUGUUAUCCGAAAUGUUGCCUAUCAACCAGAAAACCAGGAGAUGUUGGAGAGGAAAGAGGAGGUCCAUGAGGUAAUGCUGUACCAACUAAAGUCAGAGGAGAAGACAGUGAUCCUUGGGGACACAGAGGAGACAGCUGUCCUCCAGGCAGGAUGGGACAAGACUGCUGACAGCAACUUGGAAAAUGAAGGGAUUGUGGGAGACGCAGAGAUGUCAGACGAAAUGGGUCAUGAGCGUUUGACACUUGACAGUGAAGAUCAGGAAUCAAGAGCCACCAGAAAUGUAGAAACAACAAAUGUUGGCCAGGCAGAUGCUGAGCUGGCCAUGCUGAUAUACAGGAAUGGUUUAGUCUUUGAUAUGAAGACAGACUUCACUUAAGAUAUGAGGAUUUAUUUACACCACAAAACUGCUAUCACAUGUAAA